CUGUCCGCAAUUCCUCUGGUUAUCUCCAAGAAGCGUACUUAUGGUCAAAACAAGCCCUUACUGUUCUUGAGAAGUCAAUGGUUUUACUGAAGGAUGUAAAAGAUGGGUCCUUGUACGAAGGUGUGGCAUAUGGCAGUUACACCACCAGAUCCCUAUUCCAGUACAUGUUUCUGGUACAAAAGCAUUUCAAUAUCAGCCACUUUGAUCACCCCUGGAUCAAGCAGCAUUUUGCUUUCUACUAUAGGACUGUGCUUCCAGGUUUUCAAAGGACUGUCGCCAUUGCUGAUUCAAACUACAACUGGUUCUAUGGUCCUGAGAGUCAACUGGUGUUUCUGGAUACCUAUGUAAUGCGCAAUGGCAGUGGCAACUGGUUAGCCGAGCAGAUCAGAAAGUAUCGAAUACAGGAGGGACCAGGCACACCAGCCAAAGGACAGAGAUGGUGCACACUCCAUACUGAAUUUCUGUGGUAUGAUGGCUCUCUGACUCCAGUGCCACCUCUGGAUCAUGGGGUACCAAAAUUACAUUAUUUUGAAGAUUGGGGUGUUGUAACUUACGGAGGGGCUUUACCAGCAGAAGUUAACCGACCUUUCCUGUCCUUCAAAUCGGGUAAACUGGGAGGACGUGCAAUCUACGACAUGGUUCAUCAGAAGAAAUAUUCACAGUGGAUUAAUGGAUGGAAGAAUUUUAAUGCUGGCCAUGAACAUCCUGAUCAGAACUCUUUCACAUUCGCACCUAAUGGGGUACCUUUCAUCACAGAGGCUUUGUAUGGCCCAAAAUACACCUUUCUCAACAAUGCUUUAAUGUUCUCUCCAGCCACAGCAGGUACUUGCUUCAACCCUUGGGAAGGGCAGGUGACAGAAGCAUGCAAUUCGAAGUGGCUGAAAUAUAAGCAUGGGAUCUCUGGGGAUUGUCAUGGCCAGGUGACAGCAGCUUUAGAGCAGAAUGGUGUGGUCUUUAUCAGAGGAGAGGCAGUGGGAGCGUAUAGUCCUAGUCUGAAACUGAAGAGUUCCCAAAGGAACCUUCUCCUUCUGCAGCCUCAGCUUUUACUCCUGGUAGAUCAAAUCCACCUGGCAGAAGACAGCCCGCUUGAAAAAAUGAGUGCGUAUUUCCAUAAUACAGAUGUGCCUUUUGAAGAAAUAUCUGAAGACGGGGUGAACGGAGCAUUUAUUAGACAGAAAGAUGGCCAGUACACAAUGUUCUGGAUGGAUGAUAAAGGCAAAAGUGAAAAGGCUGGACUGGCAUUCAAGACUUAUCCUCGCGGAUACCCAUACAAUGGAACACACUAUGUGAAUGUUACAACUACGCUGAGGUACCCAGUCACGAGAACAGCCUAUAUUUUCUUUGGACCUUCUGUGGAGAUUCAAAGCUUUAGCAUUCGAGGAGAGUCAGAUCGGGUAGAUAUAUAUCUAGCAACAAAUGAGAAAACCUAUACAGUUUAUCUCUUAACUGGGGAAACUGCAGUGAAACCACUGUUUGCCAUGGUACUAGCUGACCGUCAAAAGAUUGUAUUUGAUAGAACUUCUGCAAUCAGGGAUGCUUCAGUGCAGGAGACAAAAGAUUAUGUGAAUGUUGUUGAAGAAAAUCUUCAGCACACAAAACCAGUGUUUCAGCAGCUCGAAAAGCAGAUCUUGGCUCGAGUCCUGAACACUGAUAACUUCCGGAAGACGGCCGAGCGUCUUCUAAAACUAUCGGACAAAAAGAAGACAGAGGAAGCUGUUGAAAAGUUAUUUUCUGUCUCAUUUGGACAAGCCAAGGCCAAAAAAAUGAAAAAAGGAAAAGGUGAUGGUGAUAAAUUUCCCAAUAACUUUCCAGAUAUUUUUGCACAAAUUGAAAUGAAUGAGAAAAGAGAGCGGAAGAAGUUGCUGCAGCGAAUGCAAGAAGAAACUUCUGAUGAAAGAAAUGAGGACAUGGGGGAGACUUUUGAUUUUAUGGACUUUUCUGAUGUGAAAAAACCAGAACGAGGUACAGACAAAAAUGUAAAAAGUGGUUCUGUGAAACCAGGAACCACUGUUCGAAGCACUGCACAAUCCUUAUCAGCUUCCUACACAAGAGUCUUCUUAAUUUUAAAUAUUGCAACCUUCUUCUUCCUAUUAGCAUUACAGCUAAUUCGGUUUCAGAAAGCUCCAAGCUUGCACACCCAAAGAUUUCUCUAUGCUGUGCUUCUACUAGAUAGCUUUGUUCUGCUUUGCUUGUACUCCUCUUGUUCUCAAGCACAGUGCUAGACCAGGGAAGCCAACUUGUGAAAGACUGAAUAAAUAUGCAGUAAGAUUACUCAACUGAGUGCUUAAUGCAAAUACGUUUUAACAGAUUUUUAUGAGAGAUACUUAACAAGAAAGCCAAAUAAUUUGAUGAAUCAUUAUCAAAGUUGCAGUUAAGUGGAAUGACCACUAACACUUGUUAUCUGCCACCCUGAUCAUCCACCAAGCCUUUCCCAGGAGAGUUGUGUGACAAUGCCUCAUUGCACAGCUUCUUUUGUUAUUAGUAUUUCAUCCCCUUGUUGAAGAAAACAGCAUUUUGUUUCUUUUGUUAUUCAUAUUGCACUUGCCUUCAUUCCCAUUCCAAGGGUAUCGCAAUGAAUAUCUAGCAUCUUUUGAAGUCUUGAUAUUCUUUAAAUCUUCACUAUCCAUGAGGAGGCUUCCCUUUAUUAAGUUGGACCAACUGAACAAAAAUGUGCAAUUAUUUUAACAAGCCCAUUGCUUUUAAAUAUUUCAGUUUGACACUCUUAUCUGUAAAUGGUGGACCUGUAGCUUCUCUUUACUUUUGAAUGUUCUAUGUAGUAGUGUGUGGAUUCCUGUGAUUGCUGGUGAUAUCUCAGUGAACAGCAAUGAUCGUGCAUACAAUGUGUCUACUAACUGCAGCUGGGUUGUUCAGUUUGUUAUUCUUUUCAUGAUCCGUCAUUAAAGCACAAAUGUUAUUAAGCAUUUCUUAAACAA